ACGCUGCACGAGCUGAUCGAUAGGCCUCCGCACGCGGCAUGUGAUGGAGUGGCAGCCGGAUGAACAAGGCCUCCAGCAGGUCCUGCAGCUCCUGAGAGACUCCCAGUCUCCAAACACAGCCACACAGAGAGCUGUGCAGCAGAAACUAGAGCAGCUGAAUCAGUUUCCUGAUUUUAACAACUAUCUCAUCUUCGUCCUGACGAGGCUGAAAACUGAAGAUGAGCCCACUCGAUCUCUCAGCGGUCUGAUACUGAAGAACAAUGUGAAGGUUCACUAUCAGAACUUCCCUCCUGAAGUCGCGCACUUCAUCAAGCAGGAAUGUUUAAACAACAUCGGAGACCCUUCCCCUCUCAUCCGCGCCACUAUCGGUAUCCUAAUUACAACGAUUUCCACCAAAGGGGAGCUGCAGACAUGGCCAGAGUUGCUGCCCCAGCUGUGCAACAUGCUCAACUCGGAGGACUACAACAUCUGUGAGGGCUCGUUUGGAGCUCUACAGAAGAUCUGUGAGGACUCGUCUGAGCUCCUGGACAGUGACGCUCUGAACCGACCCCUCAACAUCAUGAUUCCCAAGUUCCUCCAGUUCUUCAAACACUGCAGCCCUAAAAUCAGGUCUCAUGCUAUUGCCUGUGUGAACCAGUUUAUCAUCGGAAGAGCGCAAGCCCUGAUGGACAACAUUGACACCUUUAUUGAGAGUCUGUUUGCGCUGGCCGCAGACGAGGACUCGGAGGUGCGGAAGAACGUGUGCAGGGCUCUCGUCAUGCUGCUGGAGGUGCGAGUUGACCGACUCAUCCCUCACAUGCGCAGCAUCGUUGAGUACAUGCUGCAGCGCACACAGGACCCGGAUGAGAACGUGGCUCUGGAGGCCUGUGAGUUCUGGCUUACGCUGGCUGAGCAGCCCAUCUGUAAGGAAGUCCUGUCUGGACACCUUGCACAACUCGUUCCUGUUCUGGUGAACGGGAUGAAGUACUCUGAGAUUGACAUCAUUUUGUUAAAGGGUGAUGUGGAGGAAGACGAAGCCGUGCCGGACAACGAGCAAGACAUAAAGCCUCGCUUUCACAAGUCUCGUACGGUCACCCUUCGGCACGAAGGUGAUGAAGGGGAGGAAGGAGAGGACAGUGAGGAUGAUGACGACGAUGACGACGACAGUCUCUCCGACUGGAAUCUACGCAAGUGUUCGGCAGCAGCCCUUGAUGUCCUGGCAAAUGUGUUUCGGGAUGAGUUGCUGCCCCACCUGCUCCCUGUGCUGAAGGAACUGCUGUUCCACCCGGAUUGGGUUGUUAAAGAGUCUGGCAUCCUGGUGCUUGGAGCCAUCGCUGAAGGCUGUAUGCAGGAUAUGGUACUGUACCUGCCUGAGUUAAUUCCUCACCUGAUCCAGUGUCUCUGUGAUAAGAAGGCACUGGUCCGCUCCAUCGCCUGCUGGACUCUGAGUCGCUAUGCACACUGGGUGGUCAGCCAGCCGCCUGACUCCUACCUCAAACCCCUCAUGACCGAGCUGCUCAAACGCAUCCUCGACAGCAACAAGAGGGUUCAAGAGGCUGCCUGCAGUGCAUUUGCGACCCUGGAAGAGGAGGCCUGUACAGAGCUGGUUCCCUACUUGAGCUUCAUUCUGGACACACUGGUGUUUGCCUUCGGGAAGUACCAGCAUAAGAACUUGUUGAUCCUCUAUGAUGCCAUCGGGACCCUUGCUGACUCUGUCGGACAUCAUCUUAACCAGCCGGAAUACAUCCAAAAGCUCAUGCCCCCUCUGAUUCAGAAAUGGAAUGAGUUAAAAGAUGAAGACAAGGAUCUGUUCCCCUUGUUGGAGUGUCUGUCUUCAGUGGCCACAGCACUGCAGAGUGGCUUCCUGCCUUACUGUGAACCAGUUUACCAGCGCUGUGUCACCCUGGUCCAGAAGAACCUCGCUCAAGCCAUGAUGUAUAACCAGCAGCCUGACCAGUAUGAGGCCCCUGAUAAAGACUUCAUGAUUGUGGCCCUUGAUCUGCUCAGCGGUCUGGCCGAGGGGCUCGGAACUCAUGUAGAGCAGCUGGUCACCCGCAGCAACAUCAUGACCCUGCUCUUCCAGUGCAUGCAGGACACCAUGCCAGAAGUGCGACAGAGUUCGUUCGCUCUGCUAGGAGACUUGACGAAGGCGUGUUUCCUUCAUGUGAAGCCCUGCAUUGCUGAGUUCAUGCCUGUUUUGGGUGUCAAUCUCAACCCUGAAUUCAUAUCUGUGUGCAACAAUGCCACAUGGGCCAUCGGAGAGAUUGCUAUUCAGAUGGGUACGGAGAUGCAGCCUUUUGUGGCCUUGGUCCUCAAUAACCUUGUGGAGAUCAUCAACAGACCUAAUACACCCAAAACUCUUCUGGAGAACACAGCCAUUACGAUUGGUCGACUGGGAUAUGUGUGUCCACAGGAAGUUGCCCCCAUGUUGCCACAGUUCAUUCGCCCUUGGUGCACAUCACUUAGAAACAUUCGUGACAAUGAAGAAAAAGACUCGGCCUUCAGAGGCAUUUGCAUAAUGAUUGGGGUAAAUCCAGGAGGAGUCGUACAGGACUUCAUCUUUUUCUGUGACGCUGUGGCCUCCUGGGUAAAUCCAAAAGACGAUUUGAGGGACAUGUUCUACAAGAUUUUGCACGGCUUCAAGGAUCAGGUUGGCGAGGAUAACUGGCAGCAGUUCUCAGAACAGUUUCCCCCGCAGCUGAAAGAGAGACUUUCAGCCUGCUAUGGCGUGUAGAUGCCGCACCGGCUAACAUGGGAAUCAACUAUUAGGUCAAAUCUACGGGAGGGUUACUGUCUGUUUGUGGGAACCACCUGCUGUCGGAGCCAAAGACGUGUGACGGUUUGUGAUCUGGAGUGAUCCCACUUCCUCCGACUGUGUGAAAGAGGAUUUGAGAGAGUUAAUGUGAAAUCAACCUUUAUAUUGUCACAGUUUGGCUUCUUACUCGCUCAGAACAGGAAUGAAACCUGAAGCUCAGGGAUCUUGAUCGGGAGGGAGGGAUCGUUCAGGCAAGAUUCACCAGCUGCUUAUUGGACAAAACAACGCCAUUCAGUAGUCCAGCCUUAGCAAAGCAUGGCUUCUCAGCUAGAUGCCAAAAGCACACACACACACACACACACACACACACACACACGGAAAAUGCAACAAGCGGCAUACAUGCUUAAGGCAGACUGCUUGAACAAAUUUAGUUUUUUCUUAAAGCGAUCACCCAAAAAGGAAAAGUUUCACCUUUGCGUCACUCAAAACUAUGUGUAACUCAUCUUUUGAGAUGUUGGUUAACAUAAUACUCUUGCAUAAAACAAAAAAAGUGGAUUAUAUCUCCUAAUGUUAGCAUUUAAAAGUAGUUUUGCAGUGUUUUCCAAGUCUGCUGAAGCCAUGCGAUGGUUUGUUCAAGAAACGGGCUGAAAUUUAAGUAUCUUAACAUAAGAUGUGCUUAACUCUUACCUUUGUGCAUUCUUAUGCAUUUUUAAUGCUGUAGUCAUUAUCCACUUUUAUGUUUUAUGCAAAUUUUCGUUUUUGGGUGCACUUUCACUUUAAAAGUUCUUAGUUUACUGGUAAUUAUGUUUAACAAGUUUUAAGUGUUGGCUAAUGACAAAAGCAUGCAAUCAUUAUGACAUAAGUACAUAUUUCUGUAUUUUCUGCCUGCUUAAUUUCUUUCCGCAGCAACAUUACAUUGAGCUAUACUUUCAUUCCAUGAAGAAACUGCUUAUUUUAUGUAUUGAUAAUUCUGCUGUAGCCGGUAAAGGAACCAUAACGGAGUUGCUGAUUUUACGAAGGUCACAUGAUGUUUCAUUAAGCGGAUACCUAGUCUUGUUUAGCAAGCAUAGCAAGAAAGGCAGUGAGUUUUCUUUACAAAGUAACUAAUAAGUAAUCUCUUUCCAGUUCGAUCGAUGCGAUCUAUAUUUAAGCAUUAUUCCUUUCAUGUUGCAAACAUCACAUGUAAAGAUUGAGCUAAGAAACCCAACAACAAGAAUUCACUGUAGAGAUCGCUGCUUUUAAAAUAAUCGAUAGGGAGGUAAUUAACUAUACUUAUUAAGGAGCUUUAGUUUCUGGCGUUAUUGAUAAGCACUUUCUCAAAUAAGGACUGUCAGGUUCCCCCUCAAGGAUGGGAAUCUAUUCAAGUUAUGAAGGCUGUUUUGGUUAUAGUAAGAAUGCUUGGCUUGUGUAAGGACAAUCGAAUUAGCACAUGAGAGAAAAGGCUGUUUGUUUAAUGAGCUUAGAUUUAACACUGGGUGUGCUUUUAGCAAACAAAUCUAGCCUGUGUUCUAGCAUAUAAUGUGGUAAGAUUCUUCUACACGAUAUGCAAUUGUUCUAUUAGACAGACUGAUGAAUUGUGUGAAUGUACAGUAUAGGUAAUCAGGAGUUAAAUGAAAAUAGAAAAAUGUCAUUUGAUUCAUUAGGUAUAAUGUAAUUGGAAGUACACUGCUCUGUUGAUGGGGUUUAGGAAAGGGUUCCCAAAUCUUUUUCCCUUCUUAUUAGUUCUUUUGAUCAUGCUUAAGGUGUUGUCCUGGUUUUAAAUGCCUGCUAAAGCAAUAUGCAUGUUCGUCUCUACGAAAAGACAAUUGCAUCUUAAGGUUUCUUCUCUCAUCAUUAAACACUAGCUCUGACAAUCUCAUUUUUAUAAUGUAUACUUUUUUUUUUUUUUUUUUUUUUUAAGCUGCUCCACCCUCUAGGGUUUUUUUUUUUUUUUUUUUUUUUUGUAAAAGCCUAUAUUCCAACAUUUAGACUAUUUCAAAGAUUUUGAAAACAACUUUUGUUUAAAAUGGGAUGUGACCUACUUUAAGAUUUAAUUAAACUGAAGUUUAACCUUAGAUUUAAAAAAAAAAAUGGAUAUUGAAAAUUGUGUGGUCCUAUUUUAACAUCAUGCUGUUAAGUAUUUAGAAUUGGAAAAGCAACAAAUUUCUAAAUAAGUGCAAGGAUGACUUUGCUCCUGUUACUGUAAUAACAAUAUGCUGCCAAGCAGUCCUGUGUUCCUCCAAAACCAUGUUAUCUUUUUUUUUUUAAUUAAUUUAAUUUUUACUUUAUUUUUUUUUUACGUUUUUGUUUAACAUUGAUUUAAGUUUGUUAAUAUAGUUUUGUUUAAUAUAUUUUAUUUUGUGCACAUGCACAAAGAUUUUUUUAGACUUUAAAAGUUUUUUUUACUUUUUGAUUUUCUUUUUGUUUAAAGAAUUUUUAUUUAGUCAGAUUAAAAAGGACAAAUGCAUUUAGCUUAUGAUUUUCAGAAAGUCUGCUGAAGCAUUGCUUUUCCUCCCCCUUUCUUUUUUUUUUUUUUUUAAAUGUUGACUUGUUUUUCAGUAAUCACCUUUUCUUUAAAUUCUUUGAAUGGGGAAAUAAACAUUUUCUGUCAAAUUAAAACAAA